GUGGCCCCAGCCCCUGCUCGGGCUCCUACUAAGCGGACUCGGGGACUGUGCUGCGCUGCUCUCUUGUUCCCUAGCUCCCGUCCGCUCCCCGCUAGUUAGCUCCCAGAGCAGUCCAAGUCCUUUGCUUGUUGGACGCCUCACUUGGGCUGGGAAACAUGAACACGGAGAAGAUUGUCAUCCAGGGACCGGGACCCUGGGGUUUCCGCCUCGUAGGAGGAAAGGACUUCGAGCAGCCCCUCGCCAUUUCCCGGCCAUCUCUUAGAAAAAAGAAUAAAAAGAGAAAGAAAAAAAAAAGUUCAGCAAACCAACCUACACUUCGGCUUCAUCUGGCAAUAUAUGUUACUCCAGGCAGCAAAGCGGCAUUGGCUAAUGUAUGUAUUGGAGACGUUAUCUUGGCCAUUGAUGGAGAAAAUGCCAGCAACAUGACUCACUUGGAAGCCCAGAAUAAAAUCAAGAGCUGCGUAGAUGACAUAACCCUCACAGUUGGCAGGAGUGAACAUAAAAUCUGGUCUCCCCUCGUGACGGAGGAAGGGAAACGCCAUCCAUACAAAAUGAAUUUAGCUUCUGAACCACAAGAAGUCUUGCACAUAGGAAGCGCCCACAACCGAAGUGCCAUGCCUUUCUCAGCCAGCCCAGCAUCCAGUGCUUCACCUCGCAUCAUCACAGCCCAGUACAACAACCCGGUCAACCUGUACUCUUCAGAAAACAUCUCUAACUUCAAUAAUGCCCUGGAAUCAAAGACAGCAGCCAGUGUAGAGCAAAACAAUGGAAUCUUAGAACACAGCCAGCCUUCAAGUAACAUUGGCAUAGCUAAAGAUUCAGAAGUUUACAAGAUGCUACAGGAGAAGCAGGAGCUAAAUGAGCCACCAAAACAAUCCACUUCGUUCCUGGUUUUGCAGGAAAUUCUAGAAUCUGAGGAGAAAGGAGACCCCAAUAAACCUUCUGGAUUCAGAAGUGUAAAGGCACCUGUUACCAAAGUUGCUGCAUCAAUUGGAAAUGCCCAAAAGCUGCCCAUGUGUGACAAAUGUGGCACUGGCAUCGUUGGUAUGUUUGUAAAGCUUCGAGACAAGCAUCGGCACCCAGAGUGCUACGUGUGCAGUGACUGUGGGAUCAACCUGAAGCAGAAGGGCCAUUUCUUUGUGGAGGACUGCAUCUAUUGUGAAAAGCACGCCCGGGAGCGAGUGACCCCCCCUGAGGGCUAUGAUGUGGUCACUGUGUUUCCCAAGUAGACCAGCAGGCGUGUGUACACUAACCUUUUUCAGUCCUCACUAUAUUUUCCUCUCAAGUUCCCUUUGUCUUUAUCUCCUCUCUCUCUGUCUCUAGGAAUUGACACGGUUUUAACACUGUGGUAUCGCCUUUCUCUUUGCCUCAGCUAAUGGGAUCUCACCCAUCCCAUGACCCUCGCUUUUUAAAUAGCGGACAGCUUUGGCCACGAGUCUUCUCAUCAUGUCUCCUUGCGAUGCUCUACUACUAUGUCCAACAGCAUCAGAUAGAAAUUCAAAAUAGAAAAUAAACAAAAUCUAUUGGAUUUUGAAUUCAUUUUAUAGUCAAUAAAUGUGAAGAAUUUUA